AUGUCAUUUGCAUACCCUAAAGAACAGUCAACGUUGACACGACAGUUUGCCAAAGAUUUUUUCCUAUCAGUCUUGGAAAAUGGUAAGCUGGAACUAAAAGUCGGGAAAUCAGAAAAUUUAAUUAGUGAGUUGAAAACGUUAGAGCGACAGAUGACACAGCUUCGCCAGAUGUUCCAAGAGUUCCAUCGUAGUCCUCGAAGUACUACACAAACCAAGAAAGAUGACGAUUGUUACAGAUGCGGUCAGCAGCCAAUCAGCAUAGAUGGAAUAAGAAAGCUGGGCUUGCUAGAGAGUGACAGCAGCGUCUCAAUCCUCCCAACGUUGAUGGUUAAUGUAUCGAAAACUCAGCUGACGACAAAAUCUCUGAAAGCAGCCAACAACACAGAAAUACCAAUCACAAGACAGAUUAAACUUUUGAUCGAAGUCGACAAACACUCCAAACCAGCAUCAAUUUUGCUUUCAAACAGUGUAUCUGAAAUAUUGCUGGGCUUGGAAUGGUUGAAAUUCAACAACGUUUCGUUGAAGUUCGAGCAGACAAAAAUCACCAUUGGGAAUGACUGUGCUGCAGUGGCACUGGUUACUAAUGAUGUUGGUGUAAAAUGGAUACCGUUGUUCGAGAGCCAUCAAAAUUUGAAGUCAAUGAAUAUGUGUGCUCCAAUACUACACAACUACAGCCAGACGCCUAUAGAUUUGAGGAAAAGAUUUGUGUGUGAGCUAAUGGCGCGUCUUCUGCCCGGAUUUGAUAGGGGUCAGGAUAUAAGAGAACCAGAUAAAGAAAAACUCGUGGCAAAGGCCAGAAAGAGACCAAACGGAAAACUAGUGAUCAGCAAGGAAUUUGGUUCAGGGAUGCACGAUUCAGAUUCACGAUGCAUAUUCAGAGGCUGGCGACGGAUUCUUUUCAAUAGCGGACGGGAUGGAGUUAAACACGUCGCAAUGGCGGGUCAAGAGAGCGGAUCCAGCGCAGACAGCCCCUGUCCAAAAAAAUGA